AUUUCAAAUAUUAUGGAACUACCAAUAUGUGAGACUGAUCUUAUUAGAAAUCUAAUUAUCGAUCCAAAAAGCAUUAAUUAAAAUUUAUAAUGCAUUUUAUGCAAAUAAUUGGUUGUCAAUCCUAAAGAAUGUGAAGAAUGCUAAAAUUUAUUUUGUUCAUCUUGUAUUGAUGAUUGGCUUAAAGCUAAAUGUAAUAUAAGAUUAUAUUUUAGAAACUUGUCCUGGUAAAUGUAAAAAUUUCUUAGCAACAGUUCCUCAUAGAUUAAUAAGAGAUGCAAUAGGAUAAAUAAUUGUGAAAUGUAAAAAUAUUAAUUGCAAUAAAUAAAUGACACUUUCCAGCCUUGAAAAUCAUAUAAAAAAUUGUGAACAUACAAUUCAGAUUUGUAAUAAUUAAGGAUGUUAAAAAUAAAUUUCCUUAAAUGAGAUGAAAGAUCAUAAAAAUAAUUGUUAAUUUAGAAUUGUCACUUGUGAAAAAUGCAAUUCUCCAUAUAGCUUUUAAAUAAAGCAUGAUUGCAUCAUCUCUCUAAAUGAUAAAAUAAAAUAAUUAGAAAUAUAUUUCGAGUUGUUGUAAAUAAGUACACAAAAAAAGAUUGCUGAUUUGCUUGAAAGAGUUACAUAAUGUGAGAAAUAGAAAAUAAAAGAUAAUAAGCCUAAAUGCAAUUAAGGUCAUGAUUUGAAAUGGGUUUAUCCUGCAUUUAAAUAUUGCGAAAACUGUAAAUAAGCAAAUAUAGCAGUCCGAUAUUAAUGUACUAUUUGCUUUUAAAAUUAUUGUCAAAAGUGCAGGAAACCAUAAUUUAAAGAAGGUUUUUGUCCCCUAAAUCAUCCUCUCUAAUUUAGCUUACAAGUAUUAUUUAGUAUUAUAUUAGGCUAUAAAAGAAACACAUUGUGAUUAUUGUAAUCUAAACAUCUUUUCAAGAGGAGAAUCUGUUUACUCAGAUAGAUUAUGUGAUUUAGAUAUUUGUAAUAGUUGUUACGAAAUCUUAAUAGAAAUGAAUCAAUGA